AUGGCGACAAAUUUUCCUUGGGUUCUUCCUGUUCGAGUCGCUCAAGUCAUUUUUGCUAUUAUAAUUCUUGGGUUAACAGCAUACUACAUCAGUUGGUAUAGCUACAGUGACACUGUGAAUUUCAUGCUUUUCAACGGCAUAUGGACAGCUUUUGUUGCCGUGCCUUAUCUUGCCGUCGCACCAAUGUACUUCCCACGGGUCACCCAUAUACUAAUCAUGGUGGCUGUCGAAGCAGUCACCAUGAUCUUCUGGUUCGCAGGGUUCAUCGCCUUGGGGGUCUACCUACCACCAUCAGAAUUCUGUCACUGGAGUAGAUGUCGGGCACUGCAGGCUGCAACCGUGUUUGGGGCAUUUGAAUGGGCACUCUUCGUCGCCACCACUGUCGUAGCUACGCUCGAGGCGAUGCGAUCAAGAUCCAACAGUGCGAGUACGAAGCCCGGCCCGUAUGCUUCUGGCCAUGUCAAUGUUUAA